GUUUUUUAAAAGACUUCGCAACUUUUGUUAAAUGGAUAUAAAGGAACUCAAAUGAGACUUUCGGCCACAGACUACAAAAGUUCGUCUGAACAAUCUCUUGACGCCAAGGACGACAACUUCUGAGAAAAAGACGUCCGAUGAGUGCAAUGUCGCUGGUCCGAACAGCGACGAUCGCUCUUAUUCUAAUCGCGUUUCUGCAAAACGCUGCGGCUCAGAAAAGACCGCAAAGUAUUGUUAAGUAUCGCGGUGCGGUUGCGACGGACGAUGGACGGUGUUCUGAAAUCGGGAUGAGUGUUCUUCGUCAAGGAGGAAACGCAAUUGAUGCGUCGGUGGCCGCUGCUCUCUGUUUGGGCGUUGUGAGUCCAGCGUCCAGCGGUAUAGGCGGUGGAGCGUUUACAGUGGUUAAAAUAGCAGGCGGGAAGGCAAUUGCUUAUGAUUCCAGAGAAACAGCUCCUCUCCACGCCUCAGAGGAUAUGUAUGGAGGAAAUCUUGAUCUAAAGAAGAAAGGAGCCUUAUCAGUAGGAGUUCCCGGGGAAGUGGCGGGUCUUUUCAUAGCUUGGAAACAGCACGGAAAGCUCCCGUGGAAGCGGUUAGUGAGACCUGCAGAGAAACUUGCGAAAGGGUUCAGGAUUUCAAAGUAUCUGUAUAUGCAGAUGAACACGACUAGAAGUGAUAUCUUAGCAGACAAAGGUCUCUCUGCGCUAUUUGUUUCAAAUGGAGAGCUCAAGAAACCUGGGACGAUUAUCUGUAACCCAAAACUGGCUUUAACACUGAGGCAAAUCGCAGAGUAUGGUCCAAAAGCGUUUUACAAUGGCACGGUUGGGGUAAACCUAGCGAGAGAUAUCCUUAAGUCUGGAGGGAUAAUAACUUUGAAAGAUCUACAAAGUUACAGAGUUAAGGUUAAAGAACCGUUGUCCACAGACAUUCUCGGAUACAGACUACUCGGGAUGCCUCCUCCUUCAUCCGGCGGCGCUGCAAUGAUGCUUGUAUUGAACAUUAUUUCUCAAUAUGGGAUUCCAACAGGUGUUUCGGGCUCUCUCGGUGUUCAUCGACUAAUCGAGGCUCUGAAACACGCUUUCGCGAUCAGAAUGAACCUUGCAGAUCCGGAUUUCGUCAAUGUUACUAAGGUUGUUUCGGAUAUGCUGUCUUCAAAGUUUGCAAAAGACUUGAAAAGAAAGAUAAACGAUGAGAAAACCUUUGAUCCAAAAUAUUAUGGCGGCAUGUGGAAUCAAAUUGAUGAUCACGGGACAAGCCAUUUAUCGAUCAUAGAUCACGAGAGGAACGCUGUUUCGAUGACUAGUACAAUAAACGGUUACUUUGGGGCAUUGAUGCUCUCUCCGAGCACCGGAAUCGUUCUGAACAAUGAAAUGGACGAUUUCUCGAUCCCGAUGAAAACCAGCGGUAAUAUAAAUGUUCCGCCACCGGCACCGGCUAACUUCAUCCGUCCCGGGAAACGACCCUUGUCCUCAAUGACACCCACCAUUGUACUCAAGGACGGUAAAGUGAAAGCCGCUGUUGGUGCGAGCGGAGGAGCGAACAUCAUCGCCGGGACAACGGAAGUUUUCUUGAAUCAUUUUUUCCUCAAGAUGGAUCCUCUUUCUUCCGUCUUGGCUCCAAGAAUCUACCAUCAGCUGAUACCAAACCGAGUUACGUUUGAAAAUUGGACGACAGUAUUCAGUGAUCAUUUCGAGGUUCCUAAAGAGACAAGAGUCGUGUUGGAGAAGAAAGGUCAUGUCCUAACGCCGAUUGCAGGAGGGACGAUUGCUCAGUUCAUAGUUGAAGAAUCCGGUGAAAAUUCUGGCGGAAGAAGUGAGCUUGUGGCGGUAAGUGAUCCAAGAAAAGGAGGGUUCCCUUCAGGAUAUUGAUAUCGGAUUUGAUUUUUUCCACUGUUUCUUGCAUCGAACUUGUGAUGAAUAUUUUUUUUUUUGUAAACUACUUGUGAUGAAUAUUAAAAUCUAUUUUUUUUUUUUCUGCGAUAAUAAUUGA